AUUUGACAAUACACCGCUACAGGCAUUGACACUUGUGAACCUCAACCAGGUACCGUCCACCGAUGAAAGCAAUCAAACGUCGAAGAGAAGGAGGCUACGAUGGCGUGUGGCGACGAGAAUGCAUCGAACACAUUGUGCCCUACAUCCACUCCUCCAUCACGCUCUUUUCGUUCCUGCAAGCACUCCCACUUGACACUCUGGGCCUCCCUCUACAGAGCCUGUUGGCGCUGUUCCAGUCCUCGUUCAACAUUCAUCAUCUAUGGCCACGACUCGUUCUUGAGCCCAUGGACACCGUCGACACCAACCAGAUUCGACUCCUUCGACAAGCUGCAGUCCUGUUUCCGUACGUGGACGUCAGUGGACUGUGGGACCUCGGCAUCCUCCGACAAUGUGUGUCUCCGUCGACACGUAUUCACGUUGUCCCAGAAGAAGGCGUCACGAGACCUAUGCGUUGGUACCAUGACCUGUCGACAUUCUGCGUCACUUCCAUAAUCGUGGACGAUUUCUAUGGUGGAUUUGACGUCCCUGGAAAUUUCGUCCUCUCUCUUGAGCGCUUUACGUCCCUCUGCCACCUUGAGUUGAAGUGCAUGACAUGGCUCACCGAAUUCGAGCAAGACGUGCUCUUUGCCUCGCUGGCGACUUGCCCCAUUGAAACACUGCACAUAGAGCAACCUCGUUGGGAGCUAACAGCGUCGAACGUCGCUCGCCUAGCCGACUGGCUACUUGACUCGACCCGAGCCAUGGAGUUGACCCUCGAUUCCUGCAGCGUGAACCCUCUUGAUAGCGCAGCUCUGGUGUCAGCGGUGAUGUCUUCGCCUACGCUUCAAGCUCUGCGCAUCUUCAAUGGCACGCUUGGUCAAGCCUUCUGUACGAUGACCCACCUCCCUGCGCGACUACACACGAUUGUCUUGAACGAUUCAUUAUUGUCGGCGUCAUGUAUGCGACUCAAGUCGGUCUGGCUGUCAUCAGAAUCCCUGGUUAAGAUUCGUCUUGAUUCCAAUCCCCUCCGAGAUGAAGGCAUUACACUGCUGGCCAAAGCCCUCUUUGUCGUUGCCAGCAGUGCGCGACUAAAAGAACUAAGUGUUACCAGUGCUGGCAUUGGACCGGACGGUGGCGCUGCGUUGGCUGCAGUGCUUCCGUUCGCCUGCCUCACCUCUCUAGUUCUCUCGUUUAAUGCGAUGGGGGAUGUGGGUGGAAUUGCGUUGGCAUCAGCCCUCCCUCGAUGCCACCAUCUGACGACGUUGGCCCUCCGUAGGCUGGCUCUCACUGACGAAGGGCUUGUUGCACUCGUGUCUGCUCUCCCGAUGUGUCCGAGCCUUCGAUCUGUCGAUCUCAGCGACAACUUGGCCACGUAUGUGGGUGCCACGCAACUGGUCGACGUGCUGCCUCGGUGCCACCACGUCACGGAUUUGUCACUCGGAGACAACCCCUUGGAAGCUCGCGGCGUGCAGACGAUACUGCGAGCUCUUCCCACAUGUGUGAAACGUAUGAAAAUCGAUUUGUCUGUCGAAAUGGCAUUUUCAGACCGGCGACCAUGCAUGGAGCUCGCCAACGUCCUUGGGGUUGCCAACCAAGUCUAUUUGGGUUAUUCAAUGUACUAAUAAGUGUAUUUCUCCCUCGAAACUAGGACCACUAUUAAUAGUACUAAGUACUACUACGUAGUAAUAAGAAGCACCUACGUCGAAGUAGUACUAGUUAUUAAUAUUAUUAAUAAUAUUGUGCUUUGGA